GUUUGAUCAACAAGCCGACUAAUUGUAUACAACAGACUGGUCUCCCGCAAUCCGGAGGUUCGAACUUUGAAGCUAGGGUUUUAGCAGGAGAAACGAUUCGAAGCAAGCAGCAGCGAAAAUGGCGAGCACAAAAGUUCAGAGGAUUAUGACCCAACCAAUUAACCUGAUCUUCAGGUUUCUUCAAAGCAAAGCUCGUAUACAGAUAUGGCUUUUUGAGCAGAAGGAUUUGCGGAUUGAAGGCCGAAUAAUUGGCUUUGAUGAGUACAUGAAUUUGGUAUUAGACGAUGCUGAAGAGUUGAAUGUUAAGAAGAAGACCAAAAAGUCACUUGGGCGGAUCCUUCUCAAAGGAGACAAUAUUACUCUGAUGAUGAAUACGGCUAAAUGAGGCCCAGGUGGAUUAUGUACCUGUCCUGCGGUCCUGGUAUUAUCGGUCUGUAAGCCGCUGCAAAUUGUGCUCUUAAGUACUAGUUUCUUUCGGUAAAUUUGCGGAUUUAUGUUGUAUCAACUCCUCCCCCUCCGGGUUUAGUUAAAUUGUAGGCUCAUGACUUUUGAAUUUUAGUUGUGUAUUUUUUCUAUUGGCAAUAUUCAUCUUAGCUAUGUUAGAAUAGAGGAUGCUGGAUAUCGGAUAUUUCGGAUUGGAUAAUUUUUUUACCGUUC